UACAAACCCCACAUUCUCUUGCCGUCCAUCACCUAGAUGUACAAUACAUUCAACCAUCGGGACAAACAGCACUCUUGCUAUUUCACCACUUUCAAGAAUGCCUGUUUUAAAGCCACCUUCGGGCAACACUAACGCCCCUCAACAGUACAAGCAACCGUCCAGAAAGGGCAAGAAAGCAUGGCGUAAAAAUGUCGAUGUCUCCGAGAUCCAGCAGGGUCUCGAGGAGCUAAACGACCAGAUUAUCAAGGGAGGAGUCAUUGCCGAGAAGGACUCGUCCGACCUCUUCACUAUUGACGUUGUCGGUGAUGUGGCACUCAAGGAACAAAUUGCAAAGCAGCGCACCAAGAAGGGACUCAAAGCCGAUGAAAUAAUUGCGCAGCGGUCAGCUGUGCCAGCUGUGCCUAUACGCAAGCGGGCUGGUGAUAAGACAACCGAUGGCAUCCUCCCUGUUAAAAGGCAACGGACCGACUAUGUCACGCACAAGGAACUAGCGAGAAUCAAACGGGUGGCCGAUGGUCAGCACGAGUCCACGGUUACGGUCGUGGAUGCUGAUUACGACAUCUGGGCCGAGCCAGAGAAGGACCCGAACGCUGCAGCAAAAGACGCCCCCUUAGUCCCUGUCGAGAAGCAGAACCCGAAAAAGCCCAAAACGAUGGAGCUACAGCCCGUUUCACUCUCAGCGAACGGGAAGCCCAUACCUGCUGUUCCGAAGCCGAAAGGCGGCCACAGCUAUAAUCCUGCCUUCACCGAUUAUCAACAGCGGCUCAUUGAAGAGAGCGAGAAGGCCGUGGAAGCAGAGCGGAAGCGCCUGGAAGCCCUGGAGGCCGAGCGCAUCAAGUUGGAGGCAGCCGCACGGUCAGCUGCCGAGGCUGAAGCAGCUGAAGCAAGGGCGGACCUCUCGGAGUGGGAAGAAGACUCUGCUUGGGAAGGAUUCGAGAGCGCCGGCGAGGAAGUGAGCGUCAAGGCAAAGAGACCACGGCGGAAGACGCAAGCGGAGAGGAACCGAAUCAAGCGGCGGAAGGAGGAGGAACGCAAGGCCAAACAUGAAGCAGCCAUGAAACGAAAGCACGCGCAGGCGGAGCGUAUCAAGCAGAUCGCGUUGGAGGUUGCAGAAAAGGAACGGGCUUUGGCAUUGGAGAAGGUCGAGAUGAGCGAUGCGAGCGAGGAGGGCGACGACACCGUGCUGCGGCGGAGGCAAUUGGGUAAAUUCAAACUGCCAGAGAAAGACUUGGAGCUGGUUUUGCCGGACGAGCUCCAGGACUCCCUCAGGCGCCUGAAACCUGAAGGUAACCUCCUCAAAGACAGGUACCGCAACAUCCUCGUCAGGGGUAAGAUGGAGAGCCGGAGGAAGAUUCCUUUCCGGAGGCAGGCCAAGACCAAGAUCACGGAGAAGUGGACGUACAAGGAUUUUACAUUGGACUGAGCAUAUUAAUGGCAUUCGGGAUAGAAUACAUGUAUUCGUCCUGAUCCUGUCGAGGGCGAUGAAGGAAUGCCAUGAUCUUUCCUUGGUGAUUGAUUGAACUUGGAAACAUGUCCUUCCUCUGCGGCUUACUGAUCGUGGCGGAUAACGUGCCCACACACAUCGAGUACAACACCACACUCCUCUAAAGUAACUCAAGGCAAAUCAUGGGGUAGGGUUAUAUAGCUACAGCAGACCUUGCUGGACUGAAGAGCAUGGAAAAUCCGGCUUUAGAAGCCUUUUGCGUUGUAUUAGAAUGCAUCUCUAUACCUACUACACCGAGUCUUUACCAGAUCUUGGACAACAACAUAAC